AUGCUGCGGACGGCGGGGAAGGAGCUUGCCCUGGCGCCGCUGCAGGACUGGGGCGAGGAGACCGAGGACGGCGCGGUGUACAGCGUCUCCCUCCGGCGGCAGCGCAGUCAGCGCCUGAGCCCGAGGGAAGGGCCCGGCGACGGCCAGGCGCCGAGCCCCAGUGCGGGCACCUUCCUCCACUACCGCACCAGCAAGGUGCGCAUGUUGAGGGCGGCGCAUCUGGAGCGGCUGGUGCGGGAGCUGGUGUCUGUAGACCGUGAGCAGGACCCCGGCUUCGUUCCUGCCUUCCUGGCCACCCACCAGGCCUUUGUGCCCACUGCUCGCGUUUUGGGCCUUCUCCUGCCACCACCUCCGCCGCCCCUGCCGCCCUGGGUAGAGAUCAAGAAGACAGAGGGACAGGAUCUGAGCUUCAACAAGAACCUGAGGGCUGUGGUGUCUGUGCUGGGCUCCUGGCUGCGGGACCACCCUCAGGACUUCUGGGACCCCCCUGCCCACUCGGACCUGGGCAGUGUCCGUACCUUUCUGGCCUGGGCUGCCCCACUGGGGGCUGAGGCCCUGGAAGCAGAGAAGCUGCUGAGAGAUUUCCUGGAGGAGGCUGAGCAAGAGCAGGAAGAGGAGGAGCAGCCCCAGGCUUCGGCAGGACCUCCUGCAACUGCCCGGACCCCCAGCCCAGACUCCCCCGAGGGCUGCUUGGAAGAGGAGGAAGGGCUGGUGCAGGAAGGCCCUGAGCUCCUGGACUUCAGUGUAGACCAAGUGGCUGAGCAGUUGACUCUGAUGGACGUGGAACUCUUCUCCCGGGUGCGGCCCUGCGAGUGCCUGGGUUCCGUGUGGUCCCAACGGGACCGGCCAGGGGCCGCCGGCAUCGCCCCUACUGUGCGCGCCACUGUGACCCAGUUCAACCUGGUGACCGGCUGCGUGCUGGGCUCUGUGCUGGGGGCGCCGGGCCUGGCUGCCCCGCAGAGGGCGCAGCGGCUGGAAAAGUGGAUCCGCAUUGCCCAGCGCUGCAGGGAACUGCGGAACUUCUCCUCCCUGCGCGCCAUCCUGUCCGCCCUGCAGUCUAACCCCAUAUAUCGGCUCAAGAGCAGCUGGGGCGCUGUGAGCAGGGAGCCGUUAUCCACUUUCAGGAAACUUUCGCAGAUUUUCUCGGACGAGAACAACCAUCUCAGCAGCAGAGAGAUUCUUUCCCAGGAGGAGGCCACUGAGGGACCCCAAGAGGAGAAUACUCCCCCAGGAAGCCUGCCUUCAAAACUGCCCCCAGGCCCGGUUCCCUACCUUGGCACCUUCCUCACGGACCUGGUUAUGCUGGACACAGCCCUGCCGGACAUGCUAGAGGGGGAUCUCAUCAACUUUGAGAAGAGGAGGAAGGAGUGGGAGAUCCUGGCCCGAAUCCAGCAGUUGCAGAAGCGCUGUCGGAGCUACUGCCUGAGCCCCUGCCCGCCCAUCCUGGCUGCCCUGCGUGCCCAGCGCCAGCUCAGUGAGGAGCAGAGCUACCGUGUCUCCCGUGUCAUUGAACCACCAGCUGCCUCCUGUCCCAGCUCCCCACGUGUGCGGCGACGAAUCAGCCUCACCAAGCGUCUCAGUGCGAAGCUGUCCAGAGAGAGAGGCUCGUCUCCUGGUGGGAGUCCUGGAGACCCCUCAUCCCCCACUUCCAGUCUGUCCCCAGGGUCUCCCCCAUCCAGUCCUAGAAUGAGGGACCCUCCUCCUGGAAGUCCCCCAGCCUCUCCAGGGCCCCAGGGCCCCAGCACCAAGCUGCCCUUGGCCUUGACCAUGAGCUGUCCUCGAAUCCCCCACGUGGGGCAGCAGGGCUCAGAGGCCCGGGUCAUCCGCGUCAGCAUCGACAAUGACCACGGGAACCUGUAUCGGAGCAUUCUGCUCACGAGUCAGGACAAGACCCCCAGUGUGGUGCAGAGAGCCUUAGAGAAGCACAAUGUGGCCCAGUCCUGGGCCCGUGACUACCAGCUCUUCCAAGUCCUUCCUGGGGACAAGGAGCUCCUGAUUCCUGACAACGCCAAUGUCUUCUAUGCCAUGAGUCCAGCCGCCCCUGGAGACUUCCUGCUGCGGCGGAAGAAGGAGGAGGCCCAGCACACAACCUCAGUCUCCCCGACCUGAGUUGGCUCUCUCCUGCCUCCAGGACACAGGUCCCAUGGGCAGCUUCUAUCCCCAUGGGGGCAGCAAGGGCAC